CCCAAAAGUAGCGCAACCACGCACCGCCGGCGCCGCUCGCCCUCCCUCUCUCGACCGGCAUCAGGCGACGCUGCUUCGGCUCCCGGGCGAAGCCCGCUGCUACCCCAGCGUCUGCUUCGGUUCGCCUCGGCGGAUCCAGAUGCUGUCGAGGCUCCCUCGCGCCGGCCUCCAGGCCCUGAACCGGGCGAGACCAGGUCAAAAUUCAGUUCCUUCAAGGAGCCAUGAAGUAGAGGCAAUUAGCACUUAUAUGAUCCGUGCGGGGAGGAAUUUAUUCUGUUCUUCCACAAACGCUACAACAGGUGACAGUAACAACAAACUGGAAGCUAGAAUAUCUGUGACUUUUGUCGAUAAGGAUGGUGAGGAAAAGCUCGUUAAAGUUCCUAUUGGAAUGUCAAUGCUAGAGGCUGCCCAUGAGAAUGAUAUAGAACUUGAAGGAGCAUGUGAGGGCUCUCUUGCAUGUUCAACAUGCCAUGUGAUCGUAACGGAUGUAAACUACUACAACAAAAUGGAAGAUCCUGUGGAUGAAGAAAAUGAUAUGCUGGACCUUGCUUUUGGGCUUACAGAGACAUCUCGGCUUGGUUGCCAAGUAAUUGCAAGCCCUGAGCUUGAUGGCAUACGCUUGGCACUGCCAGCAGCAACCAGAAAUUUUGCUGUUGAUGAGUAUGUUGCAAAAUCACACUGACUGACCAAGAGCACUUAGUUCAUGAAAGUCACAUGUUGGAAUUUGGAUACCUGCUCAGUUUGACAGAAUAAGAGAAUGAGAUAUAUUGUUUGUUACGCUCGUCUUGUCAUAUCUUCAAUUCUGGAUUUCACAUUAAACUGGUUUCCUUCUCUAAUUUUGGAGAGAUGGAAAAUCUGUCAGUUUACUAUUUCAGUAACUUCUUGAGGAUGCAGAAGUCAUACAUUAAUGAUCAUACUGUUGAUUAUAUAGAAUUUCAAAUGCUUGAAAACAUCA